GGAAGCUGAGUUCAGUUCAGUUUGCUAUAUUAGGCAGGAUCUGUGGCAGGAGUAGCUCAUUCGCAAACGCAUCAGCGUCGCGCACACAUCGCACUCUCUCAGAGCAGAAGAACCAGAACAGAGUCCACCAGCCAUGGCCACCACCAACAGUCAGAGCCACUAUUACGCCGACAACAUGUACAACAUGUAUCACCAUCACACCGCCCACAGCCUGCCGCCCACGUACUAUGACAACAGCUACUACCAGAGUGCCACACAGAGCACUGCUAGCCAGUGGCAGCCAUCGCCAGCCGGCUAUCAGAGCAACUACGGAGCAGUCUAUGGAGUCCAGGAGAGCUACUCGGACAGUUGCUACUACGCCCAGAGCAGCUACAGUCCCAUAGAUGCCACAGUUCCACAGAUUCCAGCGGUGCCAGCGGUGCCAGCAAUGCCCACAUCCCAGCCUGAGCCCAUCCUUGCCGCCUCUCCCGUGAAGACACUAAAGCGCAAGGCCGAAGAUGCUGCCGCUGUCAUCGCCGCCGUCGAGGAACGACCCAGCACACUCCGUGCUCUGCUGACGAAUCCCGUGAAGAAGCUGAAGUACACCCCCGACUACUUCUACACCACCUUCGAGACGGUGAAGAAGAGCCCAGCCACAGUGCCACCUCAGAUUAAGGCCAGCUCCAGUCCCGCUCCCAGCUACGAGCAGGAGUACGUGGCAGCACCCACUCCCAGCGCCUCCGAGGAUGUCGACUAUCUCGAUGUCUACUCGCCACAGUCCCAAAAGAAUCACAAGAAUGGCGAAUAUGUGGCGGGCACACCACCACCACUAGCCUCUACACCAGCCACGCCCACGUCCAUAGUGGAGGGCAUCAGCACGCCACCCCAAUCGCCCGGAGUCAAGUCCGCCACAGCAUCGAAUGUUAGUCAUGAGAUCAAUCAUCGAAUUGUGACAGCUGCCAAUAGCGGAGUCGCCGCCGAUUUCAAUUGGUCGCACAUCGAAGAGAGCCUCGCAUCAGAUUGCAAAGACUCGAAACGCACUCGCCAGACCUACACCCGCUACCAGACCUUGGAGCUGGAGAAGGAGUUCCACUUCAAUCGGUACAUCACGCGGCGGCGUCGCGUCGACAUUGCCAAUGCCUUGAGCCUGAGCGAGCGACAGAUCAAGAUCUGGUUCCAGAACCGACGCAUGAAGUCCAAGAAGGAUCGCACUCUGGAGGGCUCACCCGAGCACUGCAGCACGUCCUAUGGUGCUCUGCUGGCACCUCUAGAAACCGCCACCGCCACCUCCGCCGCCGUAGCCCAGCCGCAGUCGAUGCCCUACCACGCCACCGCUCCGUAUCCCGCUUAUUUGUCCAGCAGCCAACAAUUUGGUCACGGACACGGCCAGGGCUAUGGCCUGUCCCUCAAUGAUUACCCGCAGCAGCAGCAGCAGUACGAGCAGCAGUACGUCACACCGCAAUAUCAUCAACAGACCCAGCAGCAGUGCAGUGUCAGUGCCUACCAGCACCACCAACAGCAGGAGCUGACCGCCUCCAACCAGGCCCAGGCCCAGGCCCUGUACCAUCACCUGCCCUAGGCGACCCACAAGACGCACACACACACACACACACAUCUAUCUAUCUGCCACAGAGCGGAACCGAGACGCACACACAAGCACUUCUCUCGGCCAUUUGCCGGUGACACGCAAAUGCCGAAGCCGAGACCGAAGCUGCAACCGCGCUGCACGGCAGCGACACAGCGCGCACACAGAGGAGAGCGCACUCCCUACGGUGCCCAUCAUUCGGGCCCAGGACGAGUGCGCUGUGCGCCUGCGCGGGGCAGGGGCAGGGAUACUGAUGACUGCAGAGGCUCCUUGCCGGGCUGCUGCGAGCCGAACCCAGUGGCUGGCCAUGAUGGGUUCUCAGCGAUCGAUUAUCUGCGGCCAAACACACAACCAACCGAUGAUAAUGAUUCAAGAUCUUGGAGACUGACACACACACAUGUUUUCUGUUAAGCGAAAGUGCUUUUUUGUACAGAAGUAUACUCCUAGUUGUAGUUUUAAGUCCCAUAGCAAUAUUAAUAUUUAUUUAAAUAUAUAUUUUUCGGAAAUAAUCGAAUUUACAAGAGAACAAAACAAA